AUGUCUGAGGAGAAGAAAAUCCCCAAGGUCGCUGAGGCGCACCUGGUCGACACAUUCCACCCGCCCGAGAAGAUGCUCGCAAAUAUCGAAGAAUAUCAGAAGCUGUACAAAGAGUCCAUCACUAACCCCAAUAAAUUCUGGGGUGAGCGCGCCAGGGAACUACUCUCAUGGUAUCGAGACUUUGAAACCGUCUCCAGCGGCACCUUAGCUGACGGUGAUGUCAAGUGGUUCCCGGAGGGCCAGCUCAAUGCCUCAUACAACUUGGUUGAUCGCCAUGCCUUCAAGGACCCCGAUCGCGUCGCCAUCAUUUACGAGGCCGAUGAGCCGCAGGAUGGCCGCAAUGUCACUUACAGUGAGCUGUUGCGCCAAGUCUCCAAGUGUGCCUGGUCUCUAAAGCAGAUGGGUAUCCGCAAGGGUGACACCGUUGCCAUUUACCUACCCAUGAUUCCCGAGGCCCUUGUCGCUAUUUUGGCCUGUGUGCGUAUCGGUGCCGUUCACUCCGUUGUCUUUGCCGGGUUCUCUGCCGACUCCCUGCGAGACCGUGUCCUUGACGCUCGCUCACGUGUUGUCAUCACUACUGACGAGGGCAAGCGUGGUGGCAAGCUCAUUGGCACCAAGAAGAUCGUCGACGAUGCUCUCAAGCAGUGCCCCGAUGUCACCAACGUUCUCGUUUUCAAGCGCACUGGCGCUGACGUGCCCAUGCAGGCCGGCCGUGAUGUCUGGUGGCACGAGGAGCUUGAGAAGUGGCCCAGUUACAUUGCCCCCGAGGUCAUGAAUUCUGAGGAUCCUCUUUUCCUUCUGUACACCUCUGGCUCUACUGGCAAGCCCAAGGGUGUGCUGCACACCACUGCUGGUUACCUGCUGGGGGCCGCCAUGACCGGCAAGUACGUCUUUGACAUCCACGAUGGUGACCGUUACUUCUGUGGUGGUGACGUUGGUUGGAUCACUGGCCACACCUAUGUCGUCUACGCCCCUUUGCUGCUCGGUGUCUCUACCGUGGUGUUCGAAGGCACCCCUGCCUACCCCAACUUCUCACGAUACUGGGAUAUUAUUGAGAAGCACAAGGUCACUCAGUUCUACGUGGCCCCCACGGCACUGCGUCUGCUGAAGCGCGCUGGCGACGAGCACGUCAAGGGUGACAUCAAGCAUCUGCGUGCUUUGGGUUCCGUUGGUGAGCCCAUUGCUGCUGAGGUGUGGAAAUGGUACUUUGAGGUCGUCGGCAGGGAGGAGGCCCACGUUGUUGACACAUACUGGCAGACUGAGACCGGUUCCCACGUCAUCACUCCACUUGCCGGCAUCACCCCUACCAAACCCGGUAGCGCUUCGUUCCCCUUUUUUGGUAUUGAGCCCGUCAUCAUCGACCCCGUCUCCGGCGAAGAGAUUCACGGCAACGAUGUUGAAGGCGUGCUUGCGUUUAAGCAGCCGUGGCCUAGCAUGGCCCGUACUGUCUACGGCGCCCACAAGCGCUACAUGGACACUUACCUGAACGUCUACAAGGGCUAUUACUUCACUGGUGACGGUGCUGGUCGUGACCACGAAGGUUUCUACUGGAUCCGCGGCCGGGUCGAUGACGUUGUCAACGUUUCUGGCCACCGUCUCUCCACGGCCGAGAUCGAGGCUGCCCUCAUCGAGCACCACGCUGUUGCCGAAGCCGCCGUCGUGGGUGUUGCCGAUGAACUCACUGGCCAGGCUGUCAAUGCCUUUGUGGCAGUCAAGGACGUUGACAUGGUCAAUGAUGCGCUCCGCAAGGAAUUCAUCAUGCAGGUUCGCAAGAGCAUUGGUCCGUUUGCCGCACCCAAGGCCAUCCAUGUCGUUCCUGAUCUGCCCAAGACCCGAAGUGGCAAGAUUAUGAGAAGAAUAUUGAGAAAGAUCCUUGCCGGCGAGGAGGAUCAGCUUGGUGACAUCACAACCUUGUCCGAUCCCUCUAUUGUGGAAAGAAUCAUCAAGAUAGUUCACGAAGCCAAGGCCAAAUAA